AUGGGUGGUAACGCGUUAAAAAAUGUUCAAACUCGUCGUUAUAAACGAGACGAAUAUUUUGCUUUAAAACAAAAAGUAUUAGAAUUGUUGAAACCAUAUGGAGAAAAAAUUGGUGUUCCUCAAGAAUUUCCCAAUAAAGAAUCAUUUGGUGAUUUAGAUGUUUUAUUUGUACUACAACAACAACAAGAACAACAAAAAUUCAAUGAGAAUGAUAUGAAAAUAUUUUUAAAAGAUUUAUUUCAUUCACAAGAAAUUAUUUUAAAUGGUGAUGUUUAUUCAUUGGAUUAUGAACAAUUUCAAAUUGAUAUUAUUUGUUGUAAACGAGAAAAUUUUGAUAAUUGUUUAGUCUAUUUAUCGUAUUCUGAUCUUGGUGGACUAAUUGGAAAUAUUGUAAAUAAAAUUGGUUUAAAAUAUGGACAACAAGGUUUAUGGAUGAAUGUACAUACAAAAGAAUUUGAUCCAACAACAACAUCAACACAAUUGAUUUUAUCGAUUAAUGUUGAAGAAAUAUUUUCAUUUUUAGGUUAUGAUUAUGAAAUAUAUAAAAAAGGUUUUGAGAAUGAAGAAGAUUAUUUUUCAUGGAUAAAAUCAUCAAAAUAUUUUAGACGAAUAUAUUUUAAUGAAGACUAUUUAAAUCAUGCAAAUCGAUCACGUGUACGAAAACGACCAAUUUAUUUAAAAUUUUUACAAUAUUUAGAAGAUAAGAACGAAUUAGAUAAUAGAGAAUUAAUAAGUGAUGAUGAAAAACUUCUUAUACGUCAACAUGCAUUAAAGUAUUUUAAUAAACAACAUGAAUACGAUUUGGGCAUACAACAACGUCAAGAAAAACAAUUAUUUAGAGAAAAAUAUUCAGGAAAAUAUUUUAUUCAACAUGUACCAAAAACUUCUAUUCAGCAUCAUAUGAAUAAUUUUCAACAACAAUUUGGUAAUGAACAACAAUUUCAUCAAUGGGUAUUGGAAAAUGAUCAAAAGACAAUUGAAAAUGAAAUUGAAAAAUAUCUUAAGAGCAUAAAUGACGAGAAGAACAAUGUGUAA